AUGGAGGAUGACCGGGAAAACAACCAAAACUCCGGCGAGAUCAUCCCGGAGACGACGACGUCAGCGUCCUCAGACUUCGAGUUUGGAUCGUUGACUCCUUCUUCGCUAUCACACUCGGAAAAUUCUCCGGCUGAUCACCUUUUUCUCAACGGCCGUCUAUUACCGCACACUUUUCCGACGACCCGUUCGGUGUCACGUACCACCAGCGAAAACACUGACCGGAGCAACAGUACGAGUAGCCGAAGCAGUGAUAGUAGCAGCCCAACGUCAUACACUCCAAGAACAAUCACUUGCAACGUCUUCAAGAUCACGAAUUCAAGUAACGGCCGUGACGGUGAAGAGACUAAUUUAACUUGCUUUGGUUCUCGGUCGGAGAAGAUUCGGAGCAUAAGGUCCGGGACUUGCCGCAUGAGCAAUGAAUAUCAUCAGAAUCAUCGCAAACCAUCGUCAAUAUUGGAUUUAAGGAGGAAACCGCUGACGAACAAUGGUAAAACCGUAAACAAGAAUUCGUAUUUCCCGAAGCAAUGCAAGAGGAAGAAGGCGACAGAGAUCAUUACGGCGCAGCUUUACGGGUCGUAUUCACGGGGGUGGCAGCAUAUAACUCCGGUGUUUAAAAGAGAAGGGUCGGUGAGAAGUAACGGAGGAGGGAUUAAGGUCGGUGGAAGGAAGAAGAAGAUGGCGAGGAAGAAUAAGAAGAAGAAGGCGGAGGAGAGAAGAGGUAGUAAGCUGAUGAAGUGGUGGAGGAGGAUUCUAAAGGUAGUGGUGUCGGCUUGCAGGGAGUGUCAUGCGAUGGAACCUCAAAGAGUUGUGAAUGAUGAUGCUGAUGUGAAAAAGAAGAUCAUCAAAUGUCCAUAA